ACAAUGUUGACAAGACUGUUCAGUGACCCUUCACUGCUUCCCGAUGUGCAGAAAUAUUCGGGCUGGGCGGAUGACAGCGAGAGCGAGGACUCGAAAAAUAAAGAUGAUGACCAGGAUCACUGUCGCCUGGUUGAUGACGAUUUAGGCGACAGUGACCUGAGAGGCAGCCGGACACACUCCGAAAUCGCAGAUGACGACGAAGAUGAUGACGAGGUGGAUGAAGAAGACACGGAGGACGAUGCAGAGGGAAAUAGACCGAAAAAGCGAGGACCUAAGAAGCGUAAAAUGACCCAGGCGCGUGUCGAGCGAUCCAAGGUUCGUCGUCAUAAGGCAAACGCACGGGAAAGAACGCGCAUGCAUGACCUGAACUCAGCGCUAGACAACCUGCGUAAAGUUGUCCCCUGCUACUCCAAAACGCAAAAGUUGUCUAAAAUUGAGACUCUCCGAUUGGCCAAGAACUACAUUUGGGCCCUGUCUGAGAUAUUACGUUCUGGGAAAAGACCUGACCUUGUUUCCUACGUACAGACACUGUGUAAAGGACUCUCCCAACCCACAACCAACCUGGUGGCAGGGUGUUUACAGCUUAACUCCCGAAACUUCCUGACUGAGCAGUGUCCGGAAGGGGGACGCUAUCACGGGUCCAACAACAUUUCCAUGCAUUCAUAUCCAUACCAGUGCGCGCGUCUGUCCAGCCCACAGUGUCAGUCUGGCUCAAACUCCAAUCCUUUACGAACUCACGGGUUUUGUUCAGCUUACGACUCGCUGUAUGGUGGGGGUGGAUCUCCCGAAUACAACAGUCCUGAAUAUGAGGGUCCACUCAGCCCACCUGUGUGUGUCAAUGGCAACUUUUCUCUGAAACAUCAAGACUCUACUUCACCCGACGUAGAGAAAGGCUAUCACUAUUCUAUGCAUUACUCCGGCCCCCCAAGCACUCGCCCUUCUGCUGCCCACAAUCUGGUGUUCGGUUCUUCAGGGGUGCGUGCCAGCAUCCACUCUGAAAACGUUCUGCCUUACCAUGACAUGCACUUACACCACGAACGGGCCCCCGUUUACGACGAACUGAAUGCGUUUUUCCACAACUAA